CGUUUAGGUGACCCUUUUAUUCUGAAGACCACGACCCGGAAGUUGUUGUUUUUCCAGGAAGUAAAACUGCGACUAACAUCUUUCAGGGAUCCUUUCGUCCAUCAAGGCAAAUACACCGAGCAUGGAUUUCUUUAAAAAACUGGAAAUCUACAUCCCAUUGGAAGCUGAGGUGAAAAGCAUCCCUCUGUCAAGCUUACCAAACUACGUGCUGAGACGAAUGGGCAUCCCCCAGUCCGACACAGACCCCAGGCCACCUCCAGACCCUCCAGAAGGGAUAUGGAUCAAUCCAGCAAUCGUACGGAGAAAAGGCCAGAAACCCACCUCCCACACAGGAAACGGUGAAAACAUGUCCUCCCUGAUGGGCAAAGAGAUCCGGGGUGAUCCGGGUCCCUUCGAAAUGUCCUUUGUCUCUGCCAACCGCACAGCUUACCGGGUGCUGAAGGACAGCAUGCCUGGGAAGAACAUCUCCGCAGAUCGCAACCUCUUACCCCAGGGCUCAGCACCGCAGAUCUACAAGGAUGCUGUGGUCAUUUACCACGGACAGGUUUACCUCUCCAGCAGGAAUCACAGUCGAAAACGGAGACCUAAAGUGAUGCAUGAACCACAGCCAGACUCCCAGUCUUCCAUUUCUAAAGGACAAAACAAGCGCCGGUCUCCCCAGGCUUCUCUUGUACCAGCAAAUAAAGAACUACAUGGAAAGAAAUUGUGUUCCACUCUGCCCCAAAAAUCCCCAAAACAGCUGGAAGAGGCUCUCACAAAAACAUAUAAUCAUUCUAACGUGGACCAGGAGCUGCUCAAUGACAAGAAGAAGAAAAGCACCACAUGUAAGGUAACGCAGAAUAAAAGCAAGAAGAGGAGUGAUGUAUCUUCAUCCAAAACUGCACACACUGUCCUUCAGUACUCUGCCAUUGUGGACAAUUUGGACAACCCUUCUCAUGGGGACAGUGCAGCAGACACAGGGCCAUCCUGGCUUCAGCCUGAAUAUGAGACACAGGACCUGGGCAAUCAGGAAUCCCACAGUUUACAGUUGGACAGCAACGAUAACAACAUGGCUGGUGCUGAAGAGCAAAGCAGCGAGUUUGAUCUGUUGGCUAAAGAGGAACAGAUCUCUCUGCUGCAGGCUAAAUUCAAACGGCUUUCAAAACCAGGGCCCUCCCCUUAAUGAGUAAAGAAUGAACUGUAAUCUCAGCGCUAAGUGUGUUCACGUGUGCAUUAGAAGCAGGGAAAUCAAUAAUAUGAUUAAACCAGGAUUCUAGAGUGCAUGUAAACAUACUCGACGACGAGACGUUUGAAAACGAGUGUUUUUUUUUACAUUUGGACCUUGGACCAAUCAUCUGGUCACACCUGACUUUACCUAAUGUCUGUUAGAAAUGGCACACAGCUCCACUGAAUGCUCCACUUUGUGUCAUGGUUUGGGAUCUUUCCCUUUUAAGGUCAAGACAUAUAUACAUUUUCUAGAAUCUGGCUGUCUUUAGAUAAACUCACUCAAUUUAUUUUGUUCUGGAACGCAUCUUUGUCUGAACCCCAUCGCUAUUCAUUUACCUUUCUUCAAAGAGCCUGGAUAUAUUUGCUCAUCUGGUGAGCUAUCGGGUGGAUCUCAACCAAGAGACUCUAUGUCGUAGAAGUGCCACUCUUUUGAUCUAUGUCUAUAUAAAAGUGAUAUUGAACCUG